AUGACUACACUUGCGGCCCCUCUGCCAAACCCACCAUGCAUAAAUAAUACAUCAAUAACACCUGAUUCAUCUCAGAUUGUCUCCAACUCGAACAUUGAACGUGUUAUUAAAUCAGUAACUGAUGCUACAAAAAGAUUAUCACAAGCAGAAUCUACUAUAAGUACAAAUGCAAAUACACAAUCAUCCAAAAGGAAAACUAGAGACACGGUUGGCCCAUGGAAAUUAGGUAAAACUUUAGGUAAAGGUUCUUCAGGUAGAGUCAGAUUAGCCAAAAAUAUGAAAACAGGCCAACUAGCAGCUAUUAAGAUUGUCCCUAAAAAUUUCCAUUCAAAGAAAAAAAGACAGGACUCUCCUGCAAAAUCUUUAAGUAGCUCACCUGAUAAACCUUAUACUACUCAUUCAAAUGAAACUAAUCCUAGUAAUAAUUCAUACGGUAUUGAAAGAGAAAUUGUUAUUAUGAAAUUAAUUUCACAUCCAAACGUCAUGGGUUUAUAUGAAGUUUGGGAAAAUAAAUCAGAAUUAUAUCUAGUUUUAGAAUAUGUCGAUGGUGGUGAGCUAUUCGAUUAUUUAGUGUCUAGAGGGAAACUGCCUGAAAGGGAAGCUGUCCAUUAUUUCAAACAAAUCAUUCAAGGUGUAGCUUAUUGCCAUGCUUUCAAUAUUUGUCAUAGAGAUUUAAAACCUGAAAAUCUAUUAUUGGAUAAGAAAAAUAAAAUUAUUAAAAUCGCUGAUUUUGGUAUGGCCGCAUUGGAAGUUUCUGAUAAAUUAUUAAGUACAUCAUGUGGUUCACCUCAUUAUGCAUCUCCAGAAAUUGUUAUGGGUAAAUCUUAUCAUGGGUCUCCUACCGAUGUAUGGUCAUGCGGUAUCAUAUUAUUUGCCUUACUUACUGGACAUUUACCAUUUAAUCAUGAUAACAUAAAGAAGUUAUUGCUAAAAGUACAAUCUGGUGUAUACCAUAUGCCCUCUGAUCUUUCUCCUGAUGCCAAAGAUCUAAUAUCAAAAAUUCUUGUUGUUGAUCCUGACAAGAGAUUGACUACAACUGAAAUUUUAAAUCAUUCAUUAAUCACUAAAUAUGAUAGAAUGGGACUAACAAAUAGAAAUUAUAAUAAUAACCUUUCAAUGGCUCGUGACAAAUCUAAUUCAAAUCUAAAUUUUAUUAAUAACCUUUCCAAUGUGGAUAUCCUCCUUCAAAAUCCAUGUGAUAUUGAUACUUCUAUCUUAAGCAACUUACAAAUAUUAUGGCAUGGUGAGUCAAAACAUGCUAUUAUUGAUAAACUAUUACAACCAAAUAUGAAUGAGGAGAAACUAUUUUAUUCAUUACUUUUGAAAUAUAAACAGAAAAACUCUAAAUUCUUCCCUGGUAACACAGUUCCUUCAACAUCAGCUAAUGAAAGCCUCUUACCACCUCCAGGAAUUUCAAAUCGUAGUAAUUCUCCAACUAUUCAAAAUAAUGCAGAGACACCAUUCGAACUGGAAUCUGCAGACUCUUCUACUAAUCAAAAUGCUCCAAAAUUAAGACAAAAAUCACAAUUUAGCUUAGAUAAUAUGAGUAAAUCUGGAAAUACUUCUGGGACAGCAUCUAGAGAUAAUUCAGAAAACCUUUCUACAGAUAUUUCUGAUAUUACUUAUGAGAAUACAUAUGAUGUCACUUAUGAAAAUACUUUGGAAAGCAGUUCACAAGAAGUUUCUGGAGAAACUUCUGAAGGAACAGGUGAAAUUAGUAAUGAAAGUUUAGAAUCGCUCAAAGAGACAAAUAAUCUAAUAAAGAAAAGUUCAAACAGUGGCUCAAAUAACACAACUGAUUCAGAUUCAGAUGAAAUUAAUAUAUUGAUUCCAAAUUUACCAUCCAUAGCUCCAAAUUUCCCUGCUUCGACCCCAAGAAGCUUUAAAAGAGUUUCAUCCAAAGUUUCCAUACAUAGUUCAACUUCUUUUAGAGCUACAAGAAGUAAAUCAAUUGUAUCUUCAAUAUCGAAGAGAAACAUUAACAACAUAGUUUCACCUAAUGGACCAAGUAAGCCAAUUUCUCCAAGAAAACAAUAUAAGGCUAGAAGAACCUUACAAAACUCCGCAUCCAAGAGAUCAUUAUAUUCAUUACAAUCGAUAUCGAAAAGAUCCUUAAACUUAAAUGAAUUUUUAGUAAGCGAUUCUAAGAUGUUUCCAACACAAGAUCUACCACCAUUACCUACUACUUUAGGAAGUGUGAAUUUUGAAGAUUUAUGUGAUCAAAUAUUAUUUGGUGAAGGUAUGAAAAAAAUAACUGAAUCUCCACAAGAUAAUAAAACCUCAAAUGGUGAAGACUUCACUGAUGUCUCAUCAAAUAUUUCACACGGAACCAUUACCAAUGCCCAAGAAGGUUAUAAAACACAAAAUAAUAUCCCUGUACUUAAAGAAGAAGGUGUAUAUGUCAAAGAAGUACGAAACAUUCAACCUGCAUUCCAAUUUAGAAACACAUCUCCUGAUACUCAUAACCAAUCAAAGAAUGACUCAUAUUUUAGCCGAUCAUCAUCUGAACAGCCAUCUUUGGCUUCAGAAUCAAUGAAUUUACCUAGUUUACAUUUAGAUGAUCCAUCUUAUUCUGAAUAUGCUGCUGAAUAUACAACUGGCCUUUCCAAUAUUAUUAAGAAAAACAAUAUAAAUAAUGAUAUAUUCCAUACCCCAACCCAUGAACUUGUUGAAAAUGAUGAACUUAAGAUAAAGAAAAAUAAUUAUGUUACAAAGAUGGAACCAAGUCCAAUAUCUGCUCUCAAUUUACAAACAACUAAUAAUUCUCAUUCAUCAUUGGAUCCAAAAAGAUCUCUCUCAGGUAAUAAUAAUAAUAGUAAUAAUAAUAACGAAUCUCUUGUCACUAGUCUUUUGCACUCUUCUGGUGUUUCAAGAACUAAUAGAAACUCGUUUUUACAAUCUAUUAAAGAACAAGAUGAUGAUCAAUGGUUUACCAAGAUUCAAAAUACUCAAAGAGAAAGAAGAAAUGCAUCUCUUAAAGUUCAAAAAGAAUCAAGAAAUUUAAUAAAUAGUACUCCACACAUGAGCACUCCAUUAGAAGAUACUAAUUCAAAUAGAUUCGAAUUAGAUUUGAAUAGACAAAGUGUCUUGGCUGAGUCAAGUGCCAUUGAACAUCCUUUACUGAAAAUGCCAUCAUCUUUAUUGAAUUCUUCCAUGACUUUUAGAAAUUUAACUGAUCUUUUAGGAGAUACAAACUCUGAUGAGAUAAUAUCCAGUACUAAGAGAUAUAGUCAAUUAAGUUCGGCAGUGCCUCUAAGAAAGCAAUCGACCAAAAUAUCAUUGACACCUAAAUCUAAUUUAAUGAGACAAGUAGAAGGUCAACCUGCUCCAGUAGAAAAUAGAAUAUCUCAUUUAGAUCCACAUCUAUCGGAUUACUCUAGUAUAUCAUAUGCUAAUGAAAUGCCAUCUGCGACUUAUACUGCUCAAUAUGUCAAAGUUUCUAAUGGUAAUAAUUUUAAUUUUCAAGACGUUAGUAUUCCAAGUAUUGAUGGAAUUUCUAAAUCUGAAGAAUCAGAUAUUGCAAAGGACGAUACUCACACUGCUAUGAAUGAAAUUGCUAGUGUAAUUGCUGUUAAUAAAGACAAAUCUAUUUCAGAUAUGAGAUCAUCACAAGCAUUAGAAAUGUCACAAUUACCAACCAAUACUAAUGUUACCAAUACUACUACAGAAAAUGGUACAAUUAAUAUUUUUGAGGAUGCGCCAACUGAUUCAUCAUCUAUGGAGACUGGAUCAUCAUGUAGUGAUUACCAAGGUAAUAUUCAUAAGAAAGCUGUCUCUAUCGACACUUUAAAUACUUCUAAUGUCAUUUUACCUGAAACCAAUGUUAGAGUUAGCCUAUAUUUGAAUAAUAACAGUACCGCUAAUGCUAAUUUACCAAGAAAGACCACUGAAGAGAUUUUAUCUAAAUUCCAAAACUCACCUGAGAAACCAUUAAUAGUUCAAAGAAAUCAUUCGAUUCAAAAAAGGUGGUCUAAAGUAGCUACUAAUUCUAAUGGGAAACAUUUAUCGUUGGGUAUUUCCAAGAGUUUAAUGUCGAUGUUUAAAGAUUUGGAUGAAGAUCAAGAAGAUACUUCUAUGAUAAAUCCAAAUGAACUCUUAUCACAAGGAAUUAUGCAAGAUCUCGACAAAGAAACUUCAGAUAUUUGCAAAACGAAUGGUAAUAUAAUUGAAGAAGGUACAGAUGAAUAUCAUGAUACUGACGGCAAUAGAAAUAAAAAUAAUAGAGUUACCAUGUUAUUUGAAGAAGAGAAUUUUGUUUCUGCAACCACUUCAAAUAAUUCAAUGGAGAAUAAAUUGAAUCAAUUAAAGAAUAUAUCCAUGGAAAAUACCCAUAAUGAAGAUGAAGAUGUUUCUGAACAAAUUAGUAUACCAGCAGAAUUAUUAAAUAAGGAGAAGAAAAAUGAUAAUGACAUUUCACAAUUCAAUGAUAACAAGAGUCGUCAAGUUAGUGGUAGUAAACAUCCUUAUCAACCGGUUGCUACUGAAAAGGAAACGGAAUCUAAUAAGAAAGUUAUUCCUAAGAUUGUAUUGAAUCCAAGUAAUAAUAAUAAUAUGAAAGAACAUAGAAAAGACGACACAAAUAUUGAGCAUAAAAACAACAACCAAAUACCACCACCUAUUCCUUCUAUUCCAGCUCCACCAGUUAGAAAAGCACCAUUACCUCCACCUACUACGAAACCUCCGGUACCGUUAACAAAUAAUUUUACAAAAUCCAAUACUAAAUCCAAAGAGACCGAUACUAUUACUAAGGGAUCGAAAAAUAAUAACACUACCCACGCAAAGAAAAGUAAUUGGUUUACCAAGAUGUUUAGUGGGUUUGGCAGUAAUAAUAAUAGUAAUAAUAACAGUAGUUCAAUGAGUUCGAAACAAACAGUUGUAUUGGUCAAGACACAUCGUACAAAAUUAAAGUUUGACAAUGCACAUAAAUUAAUGUUGAAUGAAAUGGAGAAACAAGGAAUCAAACAUAAUAAACCCAAGAGCCAUCGUUCUAAGAAUAAAUUAGGGUUAAAAAGUAUGAAGAGCAGUAGUACAAAAGUUGAAUACGAAUGUGAAUUUAUCAAGGGUAAUUUUAAGUUCCAAAUUGGGAUUGAGAGUAAUAAUGAUGAUAUGAGUUUAAUAAUUGUUAAAAAGAAGGGUAAGUAUACAGUUGACGAUGAGAUGGUAAAGAUUUUUGCACAAUUGAAUGAGGAUAUUAAUCGUGUCAUCUUAGAGACUGAGAUGAAACAUUCAAGUGCAUAG